AUGUCUGAGCCACAAAUAACAUCAUCUGCAGACCCUGCAGUAGCCCACGUGGAAGAUGAAAAAAAAGUGGAGAAACAAACUGAAGACUAUGGCACGUUUGGUCAGGUGUUGUACCACCUGGUGUCUUUCACUGAGGGCUACGAGCAACAAGUGUUGUACUUGUGCAUGCGGCUUUUCGAGUCAACUAUGGGUUUCACCAAGCAGCAGCAGACAAUGCUGAUGACUGUGUCUAUCAUGUCGCGGUUGUGCUUCUCACUUGUUUGGGGGUUGCUGGCGGAUGCGUUUGAAACUAACUUGGUGAUGUCUGCUGGGUUAUUAUUCAUGGGCAUCGCCUCAAUACUGCUAAGCUCAACGUCACGGUAUUCGUCGAUCCUCUUCCUGCGUUUCUUACACGGCGCUGCAUUCGGCUGCAUCUACCCAGUUCAGCAGAAAAUUAUCUCGGAUAGGGAUGAUGACGAUGAUCGCAACAGCAGCAGCAGCACGUUCACCCGUCUUCAUGCGCUGAAUUGCAUCGGCCGUAUGUUGUGUGCUGCAAUAACCACGGAGGCUGCGCAAAACAUCCUGCUGGGGUUUAUCGGCUGGCGCGUUUCAUACAUUGUGUUGGGUUACGUGUGGAUUUCUAUUGGCAUAGCGAUCAUAUUUGUAAUGACAACUCCGAAGGAACUCAUAUCUCCGUAUAAUUCCAUGAUGGGUGUCAUCCAGCAAAUAUCUGGAGCCUUUUCCGCAGUUUUUACAAAUUGGUCUGCAUUUCUGUGUAUAUUUACUAUGUUGAUUGCGGAAGCUCCGAUGUGCACCCUACCGUACAUGAUCACGUACCUGGAAUACCUCGGAGUGUCUGACCUGAAGGUGGGUAUUGCCAUAGUGGUCACUACGAUUGGUGGCGCAGCAGGGACUGCGGCUGGAGGAAUAGUUAUUGAAAAUAUUACAAGUAUGCAUAAAGAUUAUGGCGAGCUUAUUGCCGGCAUCGUUGUGAUGGGUGUGCGAUUAAUAGUUUGUGUGUUGUUCUUCGUCUCGCCGGCGCCAGAUGGGCGUCUGAUGUGGUACCACUACAUAGAGUUCGCGGUUCUAGGUGCGACUUUGGUAACGGUUGGUGGCGUAGAUAGACCUAUUAUGAGGAAAGUAAUCGAGGACAAGUACCAAGCUAGCGCAUCUGCCAUCAUCCAGUGCAUAUCAGGAAUAUCGAUCAGCAUAAGUUUCGUCGAGAUCUUCGCGUACGUGUCAGAGAAGCUGCAUGGUUACGCCCCGUCAACACAGGCAAUUGAUGACAUGGACGCGGCUCUCAAAGAUAACAACACCGAGGCCCUGAGAAAGUCGACCAUGUACAUGAUCGUAAUUGGAUCACUGCUGAACAUAGCUUGCUAUGGCGCUCUUUUUGCCACGUAUAAGGAGGAUAAGAAGGUUGUUGAACAGAAAAAUGUUGUGGAAUGGAAGGAAAGGGAAGAAAGGCACGAAGCGAGGCAAUUUCGUAAGCAAACGUUAGAUGAAAUACCGAUCGAUAAACUCCCAGACGAGCCAGAGUCAAAAUCUAGAGUAGUGGAAGUGGAAGUGAAAGAUCCAGAAGAGGAAAUGAAAGACAUAUUGGACCGUGCUGGAGACAGAGAUAGCGAUGAGAUUGUGGCACCAGAAGAUUUAACUGCCUUUUUGCGUUCUGAACGUCCAAGUUGGCAUCAAGGUGGAUUCUCGAAAUAG